AUGAUGGCGGUUCAGUACGGGGGUGAGGAGAAGCAUUUCACGGCAGAAGAGAUCUCCUCCAUGAUACUCGUUAAGAUGAAGGAGACUGCCGAGGCCUACCUCGGCACGUCGGUGAAGAAUGUCGUCAUAACUGUCCCUGUCUACUUCAACGACUCCCAACGCCAAGCCACCAUUGACGCCGGUGCGAUUGCUGGCCUCAACGUCAUGCGCAUCAUCAACGAGCCCUCCGCAGCAGCCAUUGCCUACGGCCUUGACAAGAUGCCCUGCAGCGGUGAAGUGAAAACGGUACUCAUCUUUGAUCUCGGCGGCGGUACUAUGGAUGUCUCCAUCAUCAGUGUACAAAAUGGCGUCUUCACGGUCAAGGCCACGUCUGGUGACACCCAAAUGGGCGGGCAGGAUCUCAACAACCGGAUGGUGGAACACUUUGUGCAAGAUUUCCUCAAGAAGCACAGGAGUGACAUUAGAGGCAGCCCGAGGGCGCUGAUGCGGCUGAGGACGGCAUGCGAGAGGGCCAAGAGGAUGCUGUCCUCCGCGGUUGAGGCCAAAUUCGAGAUCGACUCGCUGCACGACAGCAUUGACUACUAUGGGAGGAUCACUCGUGCCCGUUUCGAGGAGCUCAACAUGGACCUCUUCCGCAAGUGCAUCAAGCACGUCGAGAAAUGCCUCAGCGAUGCCAAGAUGGACAAGUCUCAGAUCCAUGACGUCGUGCUCGUGGGCGGCUCCACCCGGAUCCCCAAGGUGCAGCAGCUGCUCCAGGAUUUCUUUGAUGGGAAGACGCUCUGCAAGAGCAUCAACCCCGACGAGGCCGUCGCCUACGGCGCCGCGGUCCAAGCUGCCGCCCUCAGCGGCGAGUGUGACCGCAAGGGGCAGGACUUCCUCCUGCUGGACGUCACUCCACUCUCGCUUGGGGUCGAGGUAUAUGACUGGCGAGUGGACCAUUAUAUACCUGGUGUCAUGAGCGUGCUGGUUCCCCGGAACACCACCAUCCCUCUUAAGAGGGAGGGGCGAUACACGAGUGGAUUCGACAACCAGACGAGCGUGCUCAUCAAGGUGUACGAGGGUGAAGGGGAAUGGACCAAGGACAACAGGCUUCUGGGAGAGUUCAUGCUCGAGGGCCUCGUCCCGGCGCCAAGGGGCGUGCCGAAGAUCAUUGAAAUGAUGGAAGUCGAAGCGAACGGCAUCCUGAAGGUGACGGCGGUGGACAUGACAACCGGGAGCAAGAAGAGCAUCAACAUCACGACCAACAAGGGCGGGCUGAGCAAGGAGGAUAUCGAACGCAUGGUGAAGGACGCCGAGAAGUAUAGGUCGGAGGACAGGAAGAGGAUAAUGAAAAUGAAGAAGGAAGACGAGGAGGGCUGGCUGAGCAAGGCGGAUUUUGAGAGGACAGUGCAGAAUGGCAAGAAGCAAGUGAAGAAAAUAAAGAUGGAAGACGAUGAGGGUUGGCUGAGCAAGGAGGAGUUUGAGCGGACGGUGCAGCAUGCAAAGAAGCAUAGGAAGCAAAUAAAGCAGGAAGCCGGAGGCCCAUAA